CUGAGAGUUACGGUACUAGUUCCGGUGUGUGUGUCCAACACUGGUGGUGUCCACGGGUCUGACCGGCUGGACCGUUAGCUGCACCGGGCCGGUUUAGAUGACAGAUGGAGGACCGAGAAUCCGAACCCGAGCUGGUUUUAGUCUUCAGCGGGAAGCGGAAGUCUGGGAAGGAUUACGUAACCCAACUGAUCCAGGAUCGUUUGGGUUCUGAAGUGUGCUGCAUCCUGCGUUUGUCUGGACCUCUCAAACAGCAGUAUGCUCAGGAACACGGCCUGGACCUAAACCUUCUGCUGGGUCCCGGUCCAUACAAGGAGCGGUACCGGGCUGACAUGAUCCACUGGGGCGAGAGCUGUCGGAACAAGGACCCCGGCUUUUUCUGUCACCUGGCAACCAGAGGAGCUCGGGAACCUGUGUGGGUGGUGAGCGAUGCAAGGCGGCUUUCGGACCUGCGCUGGUUCCAGUCGAAGUUUCCUCAUCAGACCAAAAGUAUCAGAGUUCAGUGUUCAGAUACGACCAGAUCACAGAGGGGGUGGGACUUCACACCAGGUGUGGAUGAUGCAGAGUCGGAGUGCGGGCUGGACAGUGGCGUUGACUUUGAUUGGAUCAUCACGAACGAGGCGGAUGCCCCCCCGCUGGACGAGCAGCUGAAGCCGGUCCUGAAGCUGGCACAGGAAGCAGCUUCAUCAGUGAUCAAUAUACUCUGAUGAAAGCAUCAAUGAGCUUUAUAGCCCAGCUCCAGAUGUGUCAUACACAGCUGGGAUGAAUGUCUGCUCAGUUUGAAUGAGAGGUCAUGGCUUGUGACAGGAAACAGUGGGAUGCAGACUAUUCUUCGCAUCAAGUGGAGGAAUUCGGGUCUCGGCCUUGUUCUUCAGCUGCACAAGGAACGGAAAGGGACAUGGUGCUGCCUAUGAUGAUUUGUGAGGUUAUUUAACUACAAUUUGUUUAUUAAUUGUAGUCAAACUACAAUAAAUCUAAAUGGAUUUUGCAGCAA